GCAGUAAACGGAUCUACACUACCUGAAGGCGAAAUUUUGGGGGGAGAGAGAGAGAGAGACGGAGCAUGGAUGAGAAUUUGAUAAAACGGUUAGAAUCCGCAGUGGCGCGGAUUGAAAUGCUUUCCUCCGCUGGAGUCCGUUCAGCUUGUGCGGCAGAGGUCGUCGAAGAUGCAAUGGCUAUGGAUCCGUCUAUUAUCGCAUUCGACGAUCUGAUUUCGCAGUAUGUUAAUACGCUUACGAGCGCCGGGGAGAAGAUUGGAGGACAGGUUUUAAAUAUUUCGAAGAUCAUCGAGGAGGCAUUUUUUGCACAGAAGGAACUUCUCAUUAAAAUCAAGCGAAGUCAGAAACCUGACAUGGCAGGGCUGGUGGAGUUUCUUAAGCCUUUGAAUGAUCUUAUUAAGAAAGCUACUGCAUUGACAGAAGGUAGACGACCUGACUUCUUUCACCACUUGAAGACUGGUGCUGACAGUCUUACUGCUCUGGCAUGGAUAGCAUAUGCAGGGAAAGAUUGUGGUAUGAGCUUGCCUAUUGCACAUGUGGAAGAAAGUUGGCAAAUGGCUGAAUUUUACUGCAAUAAGGUACUCGUGGAAUAUAGAAAUAAAGAUUCAAAUCAUGUUGAGUGGGCAAAGGCUUUAAAGGAGCUUUAUGUACCGGGCUUGAGGGAUUAUGUGAAGAGUCACUACCCAUUGGGCCCUGUAUGGAGUGCCACAGGGAAGACAGCAGCAUCUGCCCCGCCAAAAGCUCCUGCACGAGGACCAGGUGCCCCUCCUCCUCCACCUCUUCCACCUGCUUCACUAUCCAGCUCUGAAACUCCUCUGCCCUCAUCAGCACAUCCAAAGGAAGGAAUGGCUGCUGUAUUUCAGGAAAUUAAUUCUGGAAAGUCGGUAACUUCUGGAUUGAAAAAGGUCACAAAUGACAUGAAAACCAAGAACCGUGCAGAUAGAACUGGUGUUGUGAGUGUUGCUAAGAAAGGAGACGGUGGUGCGCCUUCUCUCUUGAAAGCUGGACCUCCCAAAUUCGAGCUCCAAAUGGGUCGGAAAUGGGUGGUUGAGAAUCAAAUUGGACAAAAGAAUUUGCUGAUUAAAGAUUGUGAUUCAAAGCAGUCUGUGUAUAUCUUUGGUUGCAAAGAUUCAGUUGUGCAGAUCCAAGGGAAAGUGAACAACAUUACAAUAGACAAGUGCACUAAGAUGGGGCUUGUAUUCAUGGAUGUUGUGGCAGCUUGUGAGAUUGUCAACUGCAGUGCUGUGGAGGUGCAAUGUCAGGGCUCGGCUCCAACAAUUUCAGUGGACAAUACGGCAGGUUGCCAGUUGUACUUGAGCAAAGAUUCUUUGGAGGCUUCUAUAACGACAGCAAAGUCAAGUGAAAUCAACGUGUUGGUACCUGGUUCUGGACCUGAUAGUGACUGGGUAUGUUUUUAUACUUGACUGCUUAUGAAAAACUAGAACCUCCAACUACAUGAAGCUGAGUUUAAAAGGAUUUUAAAGCUACGAAGUCAACUAAAUCUCAUAGGCAUCUCUCUCUUAGUACGAGUAAAGUAUUCUUUUCCCUGAACAUUCAAAUCUUUGCCAAGAUGGUUCUCGUGUAUUCUCUCUAUUUAGGAUGCUUAAGGUAGAUGUCAAAGCAUCUGAUUCAGAUACACAACUUUAGAGCAUGUUUAGCUAAGCCUCACAAUGUGAAGCUAAUUUUAAUUAACAUUUUUUGCCCAAACAUGAUUGAGCUCUUAUAGAAGUUACUUUAUUUGGGAAAUUUUUUUUAGUCAUUUCGAAAAUGUACCAUUUUAAGAGAGUAAGUAAACUUCAUUCCAUCGCGUGUUCUUAGGCUUAGCCAAGCAUGCUAUUAGUUCCUUACAAAAAGAACACAUGAUGGAACUAAUUGCCAUGAAUUAUUCGUAGUUAUC